AUGGAUACAGUCGCGACAUCGAAUGCUGGUCCAGCCGAGGCCAUUCAUAUGACAUGGCAACAGCAGCUUAUGAGUCAGUCAUGGAGUCAAGACGGGCAGGCGAACCGAAAGAAGAAGUCCAAGGCAGUGACGCUGAAGAAGCCAGCGUCGAAAGGCUCGGCACCAGCGCCAAAGAAAAAUGAAAAGGCGGUGCCAGCGAACCCUGAGACAACGAUGACAUGGCAGCAGCAACUUUUCCAGCAAUCCCAUCGUGCGGGGCCUACGUUUGAUCAUGCAGCGGAUGAGAAAGACGCAGAAACGUUUGGCACGCCUAAAGGAGGGAAGAAGAAGGGCUCGUCGUCCAAUGCAGCUACCGUACCGGAUCGCCGAAAGCCCAAAAACCAGAAGAACAAUGCGAAGCCACGCGAUGGACGGUCGACCGCUACGCCCACCAAGGAAGCUACGGCGACGCCAGCCGCGGCGUACGCCGGACCGACUUUCCACAAUUCGCCUUCCGCUGCGAGUCUUCCCACGCCUCGUUUCUCUAUGCGUACCGACAAGGCCACGUCGUCAGAAACGCCGCCGACCACAGCGCCGUCGUCAGUGGCGUCCCCUGGACCAUCCGCGGCCUCUCCAUCGGGGCCACCACCGAUGCAGACAUUUCUGGAGGAGAUCGGCUCUGCAGCGCUAGUGCGGGCAGAGCCGACAGCGGAGACUCCGUCGUCUGUCCGAUGGCAUGUGGGAGGCGCGAGAAAAGGCGCGCCGUACUUUCAGAAGGUGGGUGCGGCUGUACGACUGUUCCCUGGUACAGGCCGAGAACCUCUGCCGUACAAGGAGCAGACACCCGUGCAUGAACGAGCGUUGCAUGCUAUGACGUUCCUGCAUAGGUACCACCCAGGCAUCGACGUCCCAUCGCGCCUCUUGGCACAGACCAUGCUGGAAGAUGAGCAGCUUCAAUGGCAACAGCACGAUCACGGUGAUGACGAUCUAGUGGGAUGUACUACCUCGAUCGCGAUGGAUUCGACACUUUCAUGCUGCCUAGUAUGCGUCGGUGGCGUGAACCGAUGCGAUUUGUUUGCCAUGACGUGGGAAGACAAAGGACAUGCAUGGCAUACCGUUGCUGGCGGCCGACCGAUCCUCACUACGACCUCGCCCAUCCUCCAAGUCACAGCAUAUCAUGCACGCGAGUCGUUUUCCACCGUGCUUGUUCGUACAUGGACGACCAUCCUGGUGGGCUAUAUCGAACGGCGCGAUACCGAGGACGAUGCGAUGUAUGCAUGGCAUAUCAUCGACCGUGUGCAUACCAAUGAACAUAUACCCACACGACAAGUGGAUGCGUGCCUAUAUAAGAACGCCCUCACGAUGAUCGAUACCCAUGGCCAUAUUCGAAUGUGGGAUAUGACACAGCAUACCGGCACGACGCUAGCGCAACGUUCGUCGAGCCAGGGAGACCGAUUUGGCACAAUCACUAGAGUCUCGCCCCAAGGCUACCUAGCCGCCAAUGCCACCGAAGUAUAUUUCCUCGAUGAUCGAGCACCAGAGCCUUCUGUCGUGGCACAAGCUGCGUACUCGACGACGGCUAUGCAACAAAGCAAGUAUACCAGCGUAUGUGCCUCGUCCCUGUAUGCGCAUGACACGGUAUGUGCCGCAGUGUCGACGACAGAUGUUGUGGAAUACUACGAUCUGCGCUACCCAAACGUGCCCUUGCAAUCGUGGAGUCACCGGCGUGGGUAUGACCGAUCGCUGCGUCUGCAUGCCUUGUAUGCAAACGACACGGAAGUGCUAUGCCUGACCUCGCGACGCAACCGCCUAACGACGGCGUACCAGACCCACACCGACCCUACUACCAAGUUGCUUUUUGACUUGCCUAGUACGCUCCCGUCGGCCGUGCCGCUGUCGUGGGCACCAGAGGCGCCGUCUUCGUCGUACUGGGUCGAUAUGGCCAGUGUCCCUGGCGCUACAGCGCCGCUCAUUCUGCAGAUGGAGCAGACGCAACGCGGCGAUAUAUGGAUGCAAAGUUACGCUACGAAGCCUGCCGAGCCUUGGGACGUACAUGUCACUUGGACGCCCACCUUGCAAGCGGCAGCGACCCAAGCACAGAGGCUGGAAGAUAGUGGGCCCUUCGGGGAGCGAGAAGCGACACAUAUGGAUUUCCGUGCUGUACAUCAGCUCGCGAUGCUAGGCUGGAUGGGCAUCCCGGACCCCUUAGCUGCCGAGGCCGAGGCGCCGUCGCUGGUAGCGUCGCUCGGCAAAACACCAAAACCACUUCGAGGAACGACGCAUACUUUACUCGAUCGACUGUACUAUAACCAAGACAAGAAGCAUGCGCUUGGCUCGUCCCAACUGCAUAUGGAUGUGGCCUUGCAUGGCAGCACAGCGCUUGCGUCCUCCGCGUGGCCAAUGUUGUGGCAGCGAAUGAAAAAGCAAUCCACGACAUCGCUUGCACGCGCGAUGCACCCCGAGGCCCCAGAAGAGACAGUACACGUACCUACGUGGCUACCGUCUCUAGGGCCGCCUCCUAUAGGCGACCCAGCCGCGCAACCGUGCGUCCAAGCAGCUGAAGCUCAGGAAGCUGUGGACUUGGCCUUGGCAUGUACGUGUAUUCCACAGGCGGUACCUGCCGCUGAGACCACAGGCGAGCAUCACAACUGGGUAUGGGAUGCCAAAAGCGAGCCUACCGUGGACACCGAGACGGACGAUCUAUCGGACGCAGCCAACUUGCUCCUUACAGAAUGGCCCAGCGGCACAUCCGUGGAAGACUAUACAUACAUAUCGCCCUACCGUGGCUUGGAUCUGGAGGCACCCACCCAGAAAAGCUUCGAGGCCCUGCCUCGUACGCCUACCUCGUCGCAGCAGCGGAGGCGCCCCAUGGUCGUCGCGAAAGCGGCAGAGCGUGCAGGCAAACGAACGCGUGCCAAAGAGCCAGCCAGCUCCCCGAUUCGCGUCGAUGUCACAGCGUCGCAACCAUCAGCGAGUCAGGAGUGGGAUGCAUCACAGCCUCCUAUGGUCACACAAACGCAAGUAGAGCCUGGCCGAUUUGCGCAACGCGCUACGGUCCCGAAACGCAAAAAGCGUAUGGGCGGCUUUUAG